AAUCACACCAGGCUAUCCUUAUUCCCUAGAAUAGGUCUAGCUCUUCAGUUGUUGCCUCAUGACAUCUGGAAGGACUGACACACCUUCUCUGGCAUCCACGGUGGCAUGUAGUCCCCGACUCUGGCAGAACUUCAUCUGUUGGGCAAGAGAUGUGGCUUAUCCUCGCCACGCCCAGAAGGUGUAUGUCCACUGGAGAGGAAUGGUUAGUGCUCAUGGGGUUAUCAGGGCUGACUUCAUCAUCCUGUUGAUCCUGCUUUAUGUCAGCUGUACUGGCAGACCCAGUGGUUUAGUCCUGGUGUCAGAAACCUCAAAAAUAUCUGCAAAUCAACCAAAAAAGCCCAUCCUAAUAAUUUCCCCCUUGUCCUCCCCUGUUUGGUUUUUUUUUCUUAAAAAGGAAGACAGUAUGGGUUUUGGUAUCCCUUUGAACUUCCUCUGGCCAUGCCUUCACUAUGAUGAGCCAUGAUUAGUUCCAUCAAAUGUCCUAAACACCUCUGAUGAGCUUCAGGGAUGCUUCAUCUGACUGAUUGGCCCCCAAGCACUUCAGCCCUCCCCUCAUCAUCUAAACUCUUUCUUCCACAUGUUUUCUGAGCCUCUGCCUCUUCUCCUUCUGCAUCUCCAUCUUCUAAACUCCAUUUAGAUAAAAGUAGAUCCCUGUUCUCUUCCCUGCUGACCAUGUCUUGCAGGGUGGAGAAGGAAGAGGCGGGCAGACAGCCAGUUGCCCAAGUGGCUUUAUUCAGAGGGGCUGCUCCUGCUUUGUCCUCUCUGAUCUUUGGUGGCUAAGGCACGUGGUGACUCACGGAGAUGUCUGCUGAUAUUCAGCACCAAACUUCCAGGUAACUCCUGGGAAACAGAAGUGGGACAGGCAGUCAAAUGGAAGCUCCAGAAGGACUGAAGUUAUCAGCCUCACCCAAAAUAUAAGCAAGUAGAGGAACUGUAAAUGCUGAGAACAUUAUAUCUGACUGGUAUCUAGCAGGACUUUGAAUUGAAGGCUCCAUGUAGGAGGGGGACAAAGAUAUUUUUACUCUUUGCUCAGAUGUAGCAAAGGAGAGCUGUUGAAAAGCUGUAAACCAACCUGCUGUGUCCCAACCUGUGCGUUUAAACCCCAAAACCAUUCCUCUCUUGUGGCAGGUGCUCUCAAAACAAGGAUGCGGAACAUUUAGGACUUUGUCAGUAACCAGCAGCUUUUAUAGGCAAACAGGAAUUUAUAAGACAUUUCCUGUUUAUAUUGCCAACUGUGAAUAUACAGCUCGAUCUACCCUGACUGUAGAUGUUGGGAGUUCUCCAGGUCUAACACUGGAAACGCACUUGGCAACAAUCCACCCAGGUGAAGCCAUUAAUUUAUGCCACUUAUUACCAUUUUGCUUUGAGUAGCUGCCUUCACUGGAGUAUCUGGCCACAGAUAAGAUGAUCAGAUCGGAGCUAAACAGUACAAAACCCUCACUCAGACAUCAGUAGCGCUGCUAUCCCUGACCAUAGAUAAAUUAAAGUAUUAAAAGCAAUAAAUGGAAUGAAUUGCCACAGUGCUUUCACUCCUCUCCGGACCCACCAGACCAGCCUGAAGGCGAUGCCGAGGUGAGAAAACAACCCACAUGCAUUCCUAGCCUGUCAAAUAAUGCAUGAUCCCUGCCCACUCUUUCAAAAUUGUUGUCUUCAUCAUCACUCGGUCCAAAGGCAGGGAAGAUAUAUAUCCUGUCCCCAGGUGAGGGUGCUUUUCCUGGGCUGCGGAGACGACCGAGAGAAGAUGAAGGCCUCCCUCCUUGCCUUGCUGGUUUUGAUCCUCUGCGCAGUUCAAGCAAAUGCCCUGUAUUGCUACACCUGCGAGUGGGAACAAAGCAACUGGAGCUGUCUGAAGGCCGAGAAGUGCUCAGACAAGGAUGAGUACUGUGUGACCAAUGUUGCCUCUGUAGGAAUUGGCUUUUUGUCUUUCUGGAAGAGGAUCACCAAGAAGUGCUCCGAGACCUGCCCACGCCACAACUUCAGCUUGGGCCUGGCUACCUACACCUCAUAUUGCUGCCAAACCUUCUUGUGCAACCUGAGUGCGUGUCCGGGACCCAGGCUUGCUCGGGAUUGAGAUGGCAGGGAGUCUAAUGCCAGUGUCCUUCUUCAUCUGCUCAAUGGUGGUGGGAGAAAGGGGUUCCUGAAGGCCUGAAGAGCAUGAUCAGAUUCCCCCAGGAGGUUACACCAUGCUGCGAGGGCAGAUCUCCGUGCCGGAGGAGCCAUGCUGGGUGAUGCACCUUCCUUUACCUCUUCAUUAGACCGUGAUCUCUUUCAUACCCUAUUUAGGAAUUUGCAUUUUUUUCGCCCUGAAGCAA